AUGGGCAGCAAGAGAGCGCUGGCCAGCCAGGUCGUGCAGGUAGUCAAGCCACAUACUCCACUAAUAAGGUUCCCUGACAGAAAAGGCUACCCCAAACUGAAUGUACCAGGAUCUUUAAAAUCAUCUGUGCUUCUAUCUCACUCUUCUGUAAUAUCACAGCAUGCUGCGGGUGAUAAAUCAUCAGGUUUGCCAAUGUAUCAUGGUCUACCGGAUACUGCUGAAAUAGUAAAAACAUUACCUCAGAAAUACAGGAGGAAACUCAUGUCUCCAGAAGAGAUUGGAUUUAUUCAACAUGGAGGUCCAGAGUAA